AUGAGCGCUUCGAAUCAAUAUAAAUCAACUUAAAGCAGCUGCUGCAAUAAUAGUAGCUGCGAAGAUGAAGAAAAUUAUAUUACUUCAUCUAAAUGUCUCAAAUACGAAGACGAUUAAAUCUACGUUACUGAAGAAAAUAGUGAUUCCUUCAGUGAAAAGAGAGGUCUGGUUUCAAACAAAUUUUCACUACAAAGCCAUGAAAAGACAUAUCAAAUUCAAUAGCAGAAACUGAAUGCUAUAAAAAAUUUAAUAGACACAAGCGAUCAAUAAUAUUGUCAAUAAUUUGGAAAUAAUAUUACUGAGUCUCAUCCGCUCACAAGUUUUGUUCACUCUUAGCUUUAAAAUAGUGAAUACAACUAUCAAAGCUAAGCCUGUUCAAAAUCAAAGAAAGAAAUACUCAAAGAGAAAAGAGAUAAAAAGAAAAUGCAAAUACAAGAAAAGAAAUAGGCUAUCUAAAUUUAGGAAGAGCAAGCUGAAAAAAAGAAGGAAUACUCAAAGGAAGAAAAGGCUGAACGUCAAAAAAUUAAAAAUCGUGAAAGUGCUUAGCUCUCUCGUGACAGAAAGAAAUUGUUAGAAAAUUAAAUGCAAUAAGAUUUAAAGUUUUUAACUGAUGAAAACAAGCAGCUCUAGUCCAUGAUAAAUUAACACUACACAUGCUAACAAUGUGGCUUCUUUAAUAAUCCUUCAUCUAACACAGCAACAACCAAUACUACCACUGAUAACAACACUAAAUAACAAUAUUAAAACUGUAAAGCAAAUCACAUUCAACUUACUACCGACUCAAUACAAUAAAGAUACUAACAAGGAAUUUAAAAUAUCGAUUAAGCUAACUAAUAAGGAACCGAUAAUAACCCCAACUCUUCAGGAGCUGUAUACUAAUUUUUUGAUUUUUCCAGGACUAGUGCUCCUAUUAUGGCAGCUUCUCCUAUUAAUUUGUGCAGCUUUGGAAAAGGUGCAUGGAGUACAGCCUUUGUCAUAUUUAUUAUAUACAUGAUGCUUGUCUUUUCUGGAUCCCAAUAAGAUGGCAAUGGAACUUUAGGUUCAAACUUCCGUAACUUAUAGUUCGUAGGGCCAAACGCUUAAUUAUUUGAACAAUACAAAAACUUAACCCAAGAAGAACUCUUAGAAGAACUGCUGAAAUAAAUACAGCUGCUCAAAGAGUAAGAGAAAGAUGAGCAACUUAAGUAACUUAAACUUAUUCAAAUGCUUGCUAAUGCUGCUGUCACUCUAAAUCAUACUCCUGGAACUGAAGAACCUACUUCAACUCCUGAAUUAAAUGAAUUAUAAAAGUCUAAUUUAGAAGAGAGCGAAAAGGAUUUCAUCAUUGAGGAAUCUCAAUCCUAGACUUCCUCUUCCUCUACCGCUGCUAAUAGUGCUUUGUUGGAAAAGAUUUAAGCCUUAGAGAAAGAAGUUGCAGCAGACUCCGAACCACCUAUACAACAAUCAUUCUUGGAUUUCUGCUAAAAAUAUAAAGAAAUUCAAUCAAAUAACGAAGAAGAAAGGAGCUAUUAUAAAGAUUUAAGCAAAAAGCUUGAUGAAUUAUAAAGGGAAAAGCUAAUGCAGCUCGAAAGCUUAAAAUCUAUUUAUUGUGUCAGUUCUUCUGAUACUCCUUUUUAGGGAAGUAAUCAAGCCGCUACUGCACAAAAGAAUACUUAUGAAAACUAAAUGUACAAUCCUAAAAUGUAGUUCCCUACUCCUUUCUUCUCUGAAAAGCAACUCAAUAGCAAUUAUUUGAAUCCUUCAGUUUUGUAAGAAUAGAGCUUAGAUAAAUUAAGAAAUACAACUACUGAAUAAUAGAAUAACAACAGAUAAAAUGCCUAUCAUAACAGUCCACCAACCUUCGAUAACAUCAGCUAAUUCUUUAAUGACACUGCUAGUUUUAGAGAAGAGGGUAUUGACUCGUCAUUGGAUUCUUCAUAGAGCCUUGAUGCUGUCAAUAACAGAUAGGAAUAGUAAUUCUUGUAAGAAUAAUAAUAAUAUCAAUAAUACAGAUCAUAAGUGAGAUAGAAUAAUAUGUAAUAGUAAUAUUAUAAUAAUUAAAAUAUUGAAUAGUUUGAGGAAAAUCACGAAAAUAUUAAUAUGAUUGGUGAGGAAGAAGAUCCUUUUAAUGUGGCCCCCCAAAUUAAUACCAAAAAACCAAGUAUUAAUUAUUAUGAGUUGAUGUAAAAGAAGAGUGUUGAUAUUAAUAACUAAUAAAACUAACAUCAGGCAUAACAACAAUAAUAUCAAUAAUUUAACCCCCAAAAUUAAGCAUAUGCAACUCAAUAAAUUGCUUGUUAAUAUUCAUUCCAACAGAAUAACUUUGCUGAGGAUUUCCAAAACUCCAACUCUACCAACUCUAUUAAUUUAUAGAGUGUUUAAAAUGGAAAAAUUUAACAAUUUAACUUACUUUUCUCCCCAUAAUACAAUUCUGGCAGCGGUAUUAAUAAUAAGGAUGAUGCGCACUUAUUACAUAAUGAUGUUGAAAAGUAUAUUAAAUUCUAAUGUAAAUUCGUAGAUAGUAAUUGUAUUUAAAAAGAUAAUUACUGA